CUGGUGCACCACACUGGGUACGCAUCUCUCCUCGUUAGCAUGGACAAAGUUACAUUCAUGCCUCAAGUACAAUGCCAUGCACUCAUAUUCCUUUAAGCUGCUUGAUCAUCAGUCUGUCGAGAAAGAUCACUCACUAUGGCACUGAGGACGAAAGAAUGAUGCGCUACAAUACGGAGCAGAAGGAUAUAGGGAUUGACUGGCGAGUUGACGACCAACACAGAUGUUCCAAACAUAUUUUAGGACGUUUGAUGAAGAGGAACAGCAGGAAGAGGUCGAAGAAGAGUUCGAACUCAGAGAUGAAUCAGACAAUGUCGACGGCGAAGAGGGUGGGGACGGUGAAGCUGCACCUGAGGAUGGAGGUGCUAGUCAUUGGUAUGAAUCUUCGAAAUCCAAGGCCGAUAAAGACAGUGUCUUCCCACGACAGAUCGCUGAGAUGUACCCACUACUGGACCCAAUCAUUACUACUGAUAAAGCCUUCUUUGUACUCUCCAUCCUAAACUCCAGCUCCAGCUUUCGUGACUGCGAAAUCCAGCUCUUCGACUACCAGCAUUUUAAUAUCGUGGCAAUAUUCCCAAACUCUGCAACAUCGACGUCUGGUGUACCAAGCUCAUGCGUUGACUUGUUCAAGUUGCUGUGCACGAAAGGACGUGAGCCGAGAUGAAGGCACACCUGUCCAUUAUUCCCAAGCUUCAUCACGUUCAGAGCAAGGUCUACCCUAUCGCAUUGAGCACCGAUAAGCUCAUUCUUCUUUGUGCACCUAUGAGUGCCGGAAAGUGUGACGCGUAAAAACACUAAUACUGAUUAUACGAAUCUCAUUCGCUUCAUCACCAUCGAUGUAAUCCACCCGCUUCAGGAGGAACAUGGCCCUGUUCUGGAGAGCAUCAUCCGUCGCAUGGAGUAAACUGAUGGUCGUCUGAACCUUCUCUACGGUCCUGGCUGAUCCCAAUUGAGAUCGU